AAUCAUGGAUUUUGAAGGAGAACCUAUAAAGCUAACCAUAAAUUCAGAAUAUGCUAAAACAUAUGAGGUGAGAAAAAGAGGUGAAGAACUUUCAAAGCUCAAAGAAAAGUAUGGUGAUAUAAACGAUGAAGAUGCUGAUAGUUCUUCAACUUCUGAAGAAGAGGACGAAUUUGGUGAAUUAGUUACUCCUGAAGUAGACGCACAAAUAAUGAAAACGAUUGUCGCGAUAAAGUCAAAAGAUCCUAAAGUUUACGAUUCUCAGUCAAAUUUCUUUGCAGACGAAGAGAUACAAAAAGCUCAUCAACAAUGGUUGGAUAAACAACAAAAGAAAAAGUCAGAGGCAAAGCCUAUGCAUUUAAAAGAUUAUCAUCGUAAAAUAUUAUUGGAAAAUGGUGGUAUAAUAGGUGAUCAAGAUAAUUCUAAAGUCAAUAAUAAAAAUAUUGGGCUAACCCCUGUACAAGAAGAGCAAAAGUUAAGAGAAGAAUUUAAAAUUGCUGCCUCUCAAUUCGAUUUCCACGAUGUUGAUGACGAUGAUGACUUUUUGGUUCAACGGCCAAAAACAGCUGAAGAAUUAAAAGCAGAAGAGGAAGAUUAUCAAAAUUUCUUAUUAGAAAAUAUGGCAGAUACCAAGGAUGUCGAAAUUCUUAAACAAUGGCAGAACUAUAAGAACGAUCCAAACAUAAAUGAGGACGAAGCCUUUUUGAUGGAUUUUAUCCUUAAACGAGGUUGGAUUGAUAAAGAUUCUGAUAAAGUUCCGUCAUAUGAUGAACUUAUUGCAGAACACCACGAUGAGGAAGAUGAGAAAUUCGAAGAAGCCGUCGAUCAAUUCGAGAGCAAGUAUAAUUUCCGCUUUGAAGAAGAGGGAAGUACUAAGGUAGUUACAUAUGCUCGUAAUCUUGAAGGAUCGAUGCGAAGAACCGAUAAUAAACGUAAACUUCAACGUCAAGCGCGUUCUGAAAGAAAAGAGGAGGAGAAAAAGCGUAAAAUAGAAGAAUUAAAGAGACUCAAAAAUCUCAAGAAAAAAGAGAUUUUUGAAAAAUUACAGAAAAUUAAAGAAAUAACAGGCAAUGAUACUGUUGGUUUUGACGACGUUGACCUUGAAGAAGAUUUCGAUCCUGAUAAAUAUGACAAAAAAAUGAAUAAAGUUUUUGAUGACGAUUAUUAUGCAGAGGCUGAUAACGAAAAGCCAGAGUGGAGUGAUAAUAUCAAUGUAGACGAUAUUGUAUGUAACAACAGUCAAAAUAUUGAUUCUAUAAUAAAUGCUUUUAAAGAAUAUAAUGAUGAUCAAGAACUUGAUGAAGGUGGUAUUGGAGAUGAUGAUUUUAUAAUGGAUGCAGAUUAUUUACCCGGAGGAGAAAAAUAUGAUGAAACUAAAUCCAAGAAAAAGAGAUCGGAUAAAAGAAAAGAAGCGAUCGAAGAAAAAAAGAAAGCCAAGAAGAAAUUUGAUGAAUAUUUGGAUGAAUAUUAUCAAUUAGAUUAUGAAGACAUAAUUGGUGAUACACCUGUAAGAUUCAAGUAUAGGCAAAAUAAACCUGUUUCAUUCGGUUUAACACCUGCUGAAAUAUUAUUAGCGGAUGAAAAAGAUUUAAAUGAAUUUGUAUCAUUAAAAAAAUUAGCACCAUAUCGGCCCGAACAUGUUAUAGAGAAUGAUUUAAAAAAAUAUUCUAAAAAGAAAAGAUUAAGACAAUUUCGUAAAAAAUUAGAACUUUCGGAAGAACAAAAUCCACCAGAAAAUAAUUCCUGGAGUAUAAAAUCAAUUAAACGUAAAAUUAAUGAACAAAAAGAAAGAGGAAAAAAAUCAGAUGAAAAAAAUAAUAAAAAAGUCAAAAAUGCAUGA